AUGCAGUCCGAUUCAAGCUCCGAUGACUCUAACACCGCCACUUCCAGUCUUACACCUAAAUAUGUCUGCAAGCGAUGCUCCAAAGAGUACGAAAAUGGCCAUGCUUUAGCUGGCCACUACAACGCUCAUCGCUACAGAAGCUUCCCUAGCAUAAAUCUUCUUACUGUCAACAUGGCGAUGGUCACCAACUUCCACCAGAAUCCACCACCACCACCGUCACCAGCUGUGGUUGCAGAACAGGCGGUGGUGCAAACCACCCAGUUCAACGGAUCUCCUCAUGGAGUUCUCAAACUGAAGGCUAGAGGUUCUCCAAGGUAUCAUCCUUAUCUUGUCAAGAAGAAUAAUGGUGCAGACUCUAGUAACUCUCAGAAAACCAUAAGUGAUCCUUUGUCUAAUGUGUCGAAGAAGGAUGCUGAUGGUGUUGUUGGAUGUGGUGAUGAAGAUGGUGACGGUGUUGAGGCGAAGAGCUCAAAAAAGGAGGAAUUGGACCUGGAGCUGAGGCUAGGGUUCUAUAAGGUUGACGGUAAAAAAAGGUUUUAA